GCUGGACAGAGCAGAAUCUGGCUGUCACAGUGUGCGAGAGGCGAGAAGGCAAGGUUAGACCUGAGCAGUAUACAUCACAGAGAACUCCAGAUCGCGGAUAGCAAAAGAAGCCUGUGACACAGGAAGGUCUGGUCUAGAGGAGGUUUGACGCUUUUCUACCACCUUGUGAGGGUGGGGAAGGCAGUACGAAGCUGCCGCUAGUAGGGACCCCAGCUCUGGGACCUGCACACUGCUGAGCGGUCCAUCUGUUCCUGUGGCCAGGAAGGAGCUGCUCGUCAGUCAUGGUCUCAGCCUUUCCAGAUACACUGAUGGUCCUGCAGCAUCUGCAGGUUUCUCUGUGUAGCUUUGACUGCCCAGAAUCAAGCUCUGCAAACCAGGCUAGCCCCAACUCACAGAUAAUCCACCGGCCGUUGCCUCCCAAGUGCUCCCAGUCACUACCAGGGCGGCACCUUCCUAUUUCUUCUCAGCCACAGCCUCCCCUUAGAGUUGAGCAUCUGUUUGCCUGAAGUUAACUUCCAGAAGCAGGUGUCCCCAGAACUGGGCCAGGGGGAUGAACCGCGAGGGGGCGCCCGGGAAGAGUCCCGAGGAGAUGUACAUUCAACAGAAGGUCCGCGUGCUGCUCAUGCUGAGGAAGAUGGGCUCAAAUCUGACCGCCAGCGAGGAGGAAUUCCUGCGCACCUAUGCAGGGGUCGUCAGCAGCCAGCUCAGCCAGCUGCCGCAGCACUCCAUCGACCAGGGUGCAGAGGACGUGGUGAUGGCGUUUUCCAGAUCGGAGACUGAAGACCGGAGGCAGUAGCUGGAAGCCCCUUGGAACUCCUUGAAGCUGCCAAUGGCCAAGAGAUCUGAGUGGCCCCUCUGCCGGUUGAGUGGUAGCCAACCACCAUCUUCCCCUUGGCUCCCCCUACCCCUUCCGACCCUCCCCACCCAGCCACUCAGCAGAGUGCCAUCAAGGUGGUUUGUGGUUGGCUUGAAGGGAUGGACUUGAGAUUGGCUGCAGGAAGAAACCUUUUUAUUUUUAAAUCUUGACCAACGGAAACCUUUUAUUUUUA